UGUUCUGAACCUCUGAAGUCGAAAGUAAAAAAAAAAAAAAGAGGUGGUUUGGCUCUGCUGAGACCCUGCAGCCCCGCUCAGUGCUCUGGUGGGCUCCUUGUCCUCUCCAUUCAUCACUUCACCUCUCCCGCUGAAGAUGGAUGUGUGCGUUGCCGUGUUGCUCUUGGCGCUCGCACCCCUAGGUGCCGCAUCAGCACCCGACUGUGAAGAUCUGGUCAAACCGUACAUACCAGAGGACUCCACGCUGGUGUUUGGCAAGUGGGUGUACGUGAUGGGGUCCGGGGACCCCAUGCCGUACCGUAAGGCUCUGGACGCGAUGAAGAGCUCCUGGAUAGAGCUGUCUCCCACGCAGGACAGUCAGCUGGUGACCCUGCGGUGGGGCGACCACUGCUAUAACCGCUGCAUCUAUGGAGAGACGAACGGGACAGUCUCAGGAGUUGCGACCACAUUCCGCAAGAAUCUGUCCAACCACAAAGGACAUAUCCUCCACACAUGCCCUGACUGUUUGCUGUGGACGGACACCUUUAGGAAUGGAGAUGCAACUGGAAGAUACAUCAUGCAAUUCACAAGGACGGGUAAAAUGGAUUCGAAGGAUGUUGACAUUUUCAAGAAACAGGUUGAAUGUUUGAACUUCCCGGAAAAUUACCACAGCUAUGAUGGUAAAACAGAGCUGUGCAAAGACAAGGAGCGUACGGAAUAAGCAAGGGUAAAAUGGAGAGCGAUGUGUCUUUAAUACUAGUAGACUAACAAGCAGAACAAGAAGGAAAGUAAAAGUAUUUGCUUUGCUUUUAUUGUCAACCAAAUAAUACUAUUUGGGGAUCUCUUGCUAAUAAUUAUACUUAUUAAUAACGGAUUCAAUAAAAAUGUAUAAUUUACAACUUAA